AUGCCGGUGGUUUACUUGCUAUUUCAUCUCAUUUCUUUCUGUUACUGCCGUCAGAAUAGUUAUGGUGAUGAGCUGGAAACGCCGGCGCCCCUGAAACGAACAGUGUGCCGGGCAGGCUACUAUAAAGUGCUGAAUUCGAAGGGCGUUGAGUGGUGCGUUAGAAAUCCCACCGAAAACGGACCGCAUCUUAUAGCCGCAGAAAAGAAGCCGAUGAAUAAGCGACGAGUGAAGGCGCCGAGUGCAAUACAUUGUGGCGUCAAAGAAGUGUACGCUGAAUGCGGGAAUGCCUGUGAGCCUAGCUGCUUUUAUCAUGAUCCGGCCUGCAAGGCGCCGUGUGGUAGGCCGGCUUGCGUUUGUGCCCCUGGACUGAAGCGGGACACGACGCGACAAUUGUGUGUUCACUCGUACGAAUGCCCGCAAAUCGAACCGUCAAUGUUCGGGUCCGGCUUCACGGAUCCGUGUAUCGAUGCCGCUUGUCCUCCCGGGAGCCAAUGCGUAACGAAGGAGGUAAACUGCUCGGUACCGCCGUGUCCUCUGACGGCCUUUUGUAUCGCCUUCGACCGGAAGCGGCGGGUGAGAAAAACCAGAGCGAAGCAU